UCCUCGAGUUUCUUUCACGUCCCUCUGAACUAAAAUUCAUUUUCUAUUUCAUUUUUCUUAUCAAAAUUAGAUCUUUCAUUCAUGUCUUCCAACAAGAAAAGCCUGUUAAAAUUUCUCUUACCAGCAAAUGCGAGAUGCCGCUGUGGGAACCCAAAACUUGGCGACGUUUACGAGCCAAAACCCAAAGUCUGUGCAUCCCCAAAUCCUUCCUCCUCCCCCACAUCAUCAUCAUCAUCUUCUUCCAAAGUUAGGCUCAGCCCUUGCUCUAAAAUCAUCGACGGCAUCGCUGUGGUGAAGAAUUCCGACGACCCAUAUCGAGAUUUUCGACAGUCGAUGCUUCAAAUGAUCGAGGAGAAGCGUAUAUACUCGACGCAACAUCUUCAGGAGCUUCUUCGAUGCUUUUUGGAGCUGAAUUCGCCAUGCCACCACCGUGUUAUUGUCGAGGCUUUCAUGGGGAUUAUGGCAGCUGGUAAUCUCCAUGGACCAUGACAAAAUCAUGUGAAUACAUUUAAUUCCCACAGCUGCAUGGCUGUUGGUCAAUAACUCAAAAUCUGGAUGUUAUAUAUCUUGC